AUGCAUCUCUUUGGUUACACGAGAAGCAGGAACCUUAUUCGAGAAUCUGAUUCUUUCCGACUUUGGGAUCGUAAAUAUUGGUUCGGACCCUUCAGCCUCGUUAUAAGUAUACUCCGUACAUGCCCUGAACAACCUAUUCCCAUUUUCAUCGUCAUCAUCAUCAUCAUCAUGAACGGAUUCGUACUCCAGCAGUUGGACCUUAUAGUCCAAAGUGUCAUCAAGAACUUCAACCAUGUCAUAAAGACCAAACUCCAAGUCCUCAACAUCAAUAAGACUACUCCAAAUGUUCCACAACCAACAGGCAUUUGCCUGUCUUCCCAGUCGAUAACAUCCUUAGGGGAAUGGGUAGCCUUUAGCCGACCUAUGAACCUUAUUCGAGAAUCUGAUCCUUUCCGUCUUUGGGAUCGUAAAUAUUGGUUCCGACCCAUCAUCCUCGUUAGAAGUAUACUCCGUACAUGCCCUAAACAACCUAUGUUCCAUAUCAUUACGAUCAUCAGAAACAGGUUGUUGCGUCAGCAGUUGGACCUUAUAGUCCAGAGUGUCAUCAAGAAUUUCAACAAUGUCAUAAAGACCGAAUUCCAAGCGAUCGACAUCAAUGUAACGACUCCAGUAUCUGUAUAUCGCCCAAACUUCACCAAUCUUGGGGAGAAUGGUAUAUUCAAUGCCAUCCAUGGAGAAUGUUCCACAACCAACAGGCAUUCCCCCGUAACGCAGCUUCAUCCAGCUCAUAAGCAUCCUUUGCCACACCGUUUCCUUCGUCUCCAGUCAAUUUGAAGGAAGGAACCCUAUGAGAGAACCGAUACAAACUGCGAGGUAAAAUACGAAAUAUACCUUCAUAACCAGUUCCCAUUCGGAAGAACACACUAGCAAACCCUUUUGCUUUAUGCAAGUAUGCAACAUAUACACCAGCUUCAUCCGCGUAAUCUGACAGAAUCUCGACAAAUUCAUACUCAUAUUUGCGGUGAGAAUCUAGCUCUGAAGACCACUUAAUAUCCCAGUUCUUGAAAAGCGCCCAUGUCUCGCCUUUUCUAGGUGAUACACUAAAAUGGCAAGUGUCGAUGAAACGACAAGUGAUGCUGAAACAACUAGUGUUGCUCCGUUCAUUGCAAUGAAUAACAUGUGAAAAUAUGGAACGAUCUUGUGUGCUCUUAUUUUCCCCAAGCCUGAAUUUACCAACAGAAACAGGCAAGUCUUCCUCAAACCAUUGGGUCUCUUUCUCACCAUCUGGAUCUGGCUCUAGAUAUGUAAUCCUAAGACUAAAACAAGGAGCUGAAACUUUUCUGAUCUGAGCAUACAAUCUAGGCAUCUGAUCCACCGUAU